UGGCCUACUGUACUACUUGACUACUGUCAUUUCCCUGCCCGUGAUAGCAGUCCAAUACCCAACAUACUGAUGUUGACCAUACACAUGAGCAGUUUUUCCAGGAAGCAGGGAGGAAAAUAUUUGACCAUAAUGCCAUGCGAAAGGCUGACAAGUGGAUCCAAGAUGGCGUAGAAAGUAUAGCUAGGAACUCUGUCCCAGAGACAUGGAGGACGGGAGACCGCAGAGGUCAUGUGAAGAAGCCAUUGGAUCACUUGUGAGACAUGAUUAUGAGGAGGCGGUGACCCAGAGCACCGAAGCGCUGUUGGUGCUCGGGCCGGGGCCCCUGGGCCCCCACGGGGCCGCAUUGCGCUCGCGUGCUCUGCUGUACAGAAUCGCUGCUCUCCUACAGCUGAAGAACUACGAUCAGGCGGAUGAGGACUGCAAACAUGUCAUUGCCCAGGAGCUGGCCAAGGGGGAUGGUUCUUUCAGGGUGGGACUCCAGAGCAUGGUAUUGGACGGGAGCCUGCAGGAGGUGUCCCUCAUCUUGUCCAAGGCCCUGUUCGGGGAGCCUCUGAACGGAAUCAUGACAAAAGACAUGACCAGAUUGAAAAUGCUGCUCUCUGAAAUUGAGGCAGCGAACAGUAAAAUGCCGCCAGAAUUUACAGAAGACACCGAGGAAGAUGGGAAGGAGGGAUGGCAGUUUCGCCCUCCACCUCGGGGGAUCACCAGCAGUGAAGAGUAUACCCUUUGUAAAAGGUACCUGGAGCAGGGCCUGUGUCGCUAUGGCGCCCAGUGCACGUCGGCCCACUCGCAGGAAGAGUUGACGGAGUGGCAGCAGCGGUACGCCUCGCGCCUCAUCCGGCUCAAGCAGCAGCAGGAGAGGCAGAGCUUCACCGAGAACUACAUGGAGUCGCUCAUCGAGAAGUGGAUCAACUCCCUAACACCCGAGAGAGUGUUGAGUGACAGUUUAGACGGCGUCAGCGUCGAGCACAGCUCAGACCUGUCAGUCACUGUCACCUCCAAAAAGUCAUCUCACGCAUGGACCUUCUCUCUUCUCUGUAAGCCUGCCCGCGCUUUACAGCGUGUGGCACUGCUCUACGACGCCAACCGCCCACACUUCUAUAUUACGGGGGUGGCGGCCGGCGACACCUCCUCUCUGGUGCCCCAGGACGUGUCCCCAGGGGGGUGCCAGGAGUGGAGCGGCGGUGUUGGUAUGGUGCCGCCCAACGGCAUGGACCAUUGCCUGUACACGGUGAACGUUGUCUUCAGCACAGAGAUCUUCGGAACCUUCCGGCAGACUGUGGUGUUCGACUUCGGCUCCGAGCCCGUGCUGACGCAGAGGGUAUUGGUCGACGCAGCCUCUAUAGAAGACCUGGAGCACCUGAUGCAGGCGCGGCAGCAGCUGCUGAUCACUGCCAAGCGCUGGGACUCGUCCUGCAAGACCAUCGUGGAGUUCACGCCCAACGAGACGGGCGAGCUGGAGCGCAGCCUGUUGGCCCGCUACCAGAUCCCGCUGUCCGCCGACCAGCUCUUCACCCAGUCCGUGCUGGACAAGGGCCUCACCAAGGACAACUACCAGGCCCGCCUGCACGACCUGCUCUACAUCGAGGAGAUCGCCCAGUACAAGGAAGUCAGCAAGUUCAACAUUAAGGUGAGCCUUCAGCUGGUCAACAGCUUCAUGCUGACGGGCAUCUCGGGUGGAGCCAAGUAUGCCCAGAACGGGCAGCUCUUUGGCCGCUUCAAGCUGACGGAGACGCUGUCCGAGGACACACUGGCUGGCCGGCUGGUCAUGACCAAGGUCAACUCAGUGCUGCUGCAGCCGUUGGACCGCGAGCGCAGUAACCAUCCAGCAGGUGGCAGCAAAGAGCGUGUGUACGAGGCACUGAUCGAGGAGAAGACCAAGGAUUACAUCUUCCUGCGCGUCUGCAGGGACUGCUGUGGGGAGCUCAACCUCCUGCCUGACCGCGAGCUACAGGUGGAGCUGCAGUUUCAGCUGAACCGGCUGCCACUGUGCGAGAUGCACUACGCCCUGGACCGCGUCAAGGACACCGGUCUGCUCUUCCCUGACGUCAACCUCACCCCCACCAUCCCCUGGAGCCCCAACAGGCAAUGGGACGAGCAGCUGGACCCCCGGCUGAACGCCAAGCAGAAGGAGGCCAUCCUGGCCAUCACCACCCCCCUGUCUGUGUGUCUGCCCCCCGUGCUCAUCAUCGGCCCCUACGGCACGGGCAAGACCUUCACCCUCGCCCAGGCCGUCAAGCACAUCCUCAAGCAGCCCGGCAACAGGGUUCUCAUCUGCACCCAUUCCAACAGUGCUGCAGAUCUCUACAUCAAGGACUACCUGCACCCUUAUGUAGAGACAGGCAACCCCCACGCUCGCCCCCUCAGGAUUUACUUUAAGAACCGCUGGGUGAAGACGGUGCAUCCUCUGGUGCAGCAGUACUGCCUCAUCUCCAACACGAGCUACACCUUUCAGAUGCCCCAGAGGGAGGACGUGGAGCGCCACCGGGUGGUGGUGGUGACUCUCAGCACCUCGCAGUACCUCUGCCAGCUGGACCUAGAGCCAGGUCUCUUCACCCACAUCCUGCUGGACGAGGCUGCCCAGGCCAUGGAGAGCGAGACCAUCAUGCCCCUGGCCCUGGCCACCAAGAACACCCGGAUAGUGCUGGCAGGAGAUCACAUGCAGCUCAGCCCGUUUGUAUACAGUGAGUUUGCCCGGGAGCGUAACCUGCAUGUGUCUCUGCUGGACCGGCUGUAUGAGCACUACCCGCCCGUGGACCCGUGCCGCAUCCUGCUGUGUGAGAAUUACCGCUCCCACGAGGCCAUCAUCAACUACACGUCAGACCUGUUCUACGAGGGCAAGCUGAUGGCCAGUGGGAAGCAGCCCCCGCACAAGGACUUCUACCCGCUGACCUUCUUCACCGCGCGAGGCGAGGAUGUGCAGGAGAAGAACAGCACGGCGUACUACAACAACGCCGAGGUGUUUGAGAUCGUGGAGCGCGUGGAGGAGAUGCGGCGGAAGUGGCCAGUGGCCUGGGGCAAGCUGGACGACGGCAGCAUCGGCGUGGUGUCACCGUAUGCCGACCAGGUUUUCCGCAUCCGCGCCGAGCUGCGCAAGAAGAGGAUGCCUGACGUCAGUGUGGAGAGGGUGCUCAACGUGCAGGGCAAACAGUUCCGGGUGCUGUUCCUGAGCACGGUCCGCACGCGCCACACGUGCAAGCACAAGCAGACGGCCAUCAAACGCAAGGAGCAGCUGGUGGAAGAUUCUACCGAGGACCUGGACUACGGUUUCCUGUCCAACUACAAGCUGCUCAACACGGCCAUCACCCGCGCCCAGUCCCUGGUGGCCGUGGUGGGAGACCCCAUUGCCCUCUGCUCGGUGGGGCGCUGCAGAAAGUUCUGGGAGACGUUUAUCUCCAUCUGCCAUGACAACAACAGCCUGCACGGCAUCUCCUUCGAGCAGAUCAAGGCCCAGCUGGAGGCACUGGAGCUGAAGAAGACCUACGUGCUCAACCCCCUGGCCCCUGAGUUCAUCCCCCGCGCCCUCCGCUCCAUGCCCCCGCCGCAGGCCUCCAGCAAGCACCAGCACUCUCCUCCCAAGGCCAAGGGGACACUGGCGAACCACUCGGAGCACUUCGCACCAGAAGGGUUCGUUCAGUCCAGUGCUGCUGUUCUCAUGGGAAACCCCAUCCAGGCGUUUACCCCACCGGUGGCUGGUGGAGGGGCCACAGGCUCCGCAGGGAAGUCCCCCAGCCCAGUCCAGAGGGUGGACCCCCACACGGGGGCCUCCAUCCUCUACGUGCCUGCGGUCUACGGGGCCAACAUGGUCAUGCCCAUGCCUUUACCUCUCCCCUGGCCGGGCUACCAGAGCCGCUUCCCCAUGGAUCCCAGGCUGAUCAACCACCAGGCAGCCAUGGCCGCCUACAACCUGAACCUUCGCCAGCCGACCAGUCGAGCUUCUCCGGGCCUGUACGGCCUCAGCCACCCCUCCCCCCUCGGCCUCACGCCCCAGUCCAGCACAGACAAGGAGCUCCUGCAAGACGCCAAUGCCGCGGGUAAAAUGGACAUGAAUGGGAAGGUGGAGCACGGCCGCCUCCUGACCCCGGAGAGGAAAGCUCCUGAGCUGAAGGACAAGCAGGGAGAGUCUGACCAGGGGCCCAACAGGAGCCCCGAAGCAGUCGGCCCCCUGGGCUACCCCGCCGGGCGCCUCCUCCGCAAAGACGCCACUUCCGGCACGCCCCCGGGCCCCCAGAGGCCCCUGGGCUUCCCCCACCUGACCUCCCAGCACCACAUGCCCCCGCACCACCACCCGGCGUUCCCCCCUCCGCACGCGGCCGGCGGCGGCCAGCAGUUCCAGCAGCAGCAACAGCCGCCCUACGGCCUGCCCCGCCCAGGCCCGCUGCGCAUGCCCCCCCACCAGGGCCCGCCCUUCCCCACGCCCAACGCCCCUCCCCCCACCUCCUUCUUCCUCCCGCGGGCCCUCCAGUCGCCGGGGCUGGAGGGGGACUCCUCCGAUCAGCCUGCCGUGCCCGAGGACCUGAAGGGGGCGCUGAGAGCGAUGCCCCCAUCUGCAGCCGCAGCACCGCCGCAACCGCAGCAGCUCGCUGUGCAGCACGCACACGCCCAGCACGCUCACCAGCAUGCACACACACACCAUCAGAACAUGCACGUCAACAGCUACGGGGAGGACGCUCUGGAUUCUGGAAUGGGUGAGGGACUCGACCCCCAGGCCUCGUCCAGUCUGGAGCUGAUGUCCCAGCAGGCUCGGCUGGGCCAGUGGGGCGAGCACGCCCCCUUCCUGCCCCCGGGCAUGGCCGCCUUCCCCAUGCAGCCCCUCUCCCACCUGGGGCAGCCAGGCAUGCGGCUCCCCCAGCAGCUCAUCAGGACAGGCUGGGGCCUCCCGCCCCCGCAAGAGGAGGACGGCCCACCCAGAGCGCCUCUCACCAGCAGGUACCCCGGGCUGCUGCGUGAGAUGUCUGCACAGGAGCAUUAUGAGCAGCAGCAGCAGCAACAACAGCAGCAGCAACAACAGCAGCAGCAGCAGCAGCAACAACAACAACAGCAGCAACAACAACAGCAGCAGCAGCAACAACAGCAGCAGCAGCGUGAGCCCCCCGACAUGCCCCCCCCUCAGUCUCGCCUGCUGCAGUACCGCCAGCAGCAGGUGCGUGGAGCCCCAGGCGGGGAGAUGCCCUCGCCCUCCCACUCCUCCGCCUCCUCGGCUGGCCCCUUCCACGGCUACCCGGAUCAGGGCCGCGGCGACAUGCAGCAGGCCUACCCCCCCCACCAGGCCUUCCCCCUGCCCCCAGACCACCAGGGCCACCCUGCGCCCCUGCCUCUCAAGUACCUGCUGCCGGAGGCGGCGUGGGGGCACCCGGGUCUGGCUCAGGGCCACAUGCUGGGUCAGCACGGCCUGCCUCUGGGCCUCCAGAGCCUGGGGCCGCGGCCCGAGCACAGCCCUCUCCUGCUGCAGCAGCAGCAUAAGCAACAGCAGCAGCAGCAACAACAACAGGCCACACACACUGCCCUGCAGAGCUUAGAAGAGUAUGAACCCCGGGGUCCCGGCCGGCCCCUUUACCAGCGGCGGAUCUCGUCCAGCUCUCCCCAGUCGUACCCUGACAGCCCUCAGGACCCACAGCCCCCCGCGCCCCCCUGCCGGUUCCCUCCCGCCGAGCUGUGGCCCUCCAGCGGCCCCGCCUCCCUCCACAACAUUCCAUGCAACGGAGCGAGCCCCCUGGCCCCUCACAGGGACAACAUAGUUACUAAGGCCAUGAAUACCGCGGAGGAUGGUGGGAAGGCGGAGGUCCUCCAGGCGGCCCCACACCCUCCCAGCACCACGUCUCUGCAGCAUCAUGGACAGUUCCCUCCGCUCCUGCCCAGCAAGCAAACCCCUCCUGACCCGGGGGGAGGGGGCAGCCCCAGCCCCGCCGGGCCCCACAAGACCCCCACCAUGUCGUACGCCAGCGCCCUGCGGGCCCCCCCAAAACCACGGCCCACCCCCGAGCAGGCCAAGAAAAACAACAACCCCCUGUCUCUGUUACAGGAGCUUAACAUAGGCAGUUCAAACAGUAGCAAUGGGUAUUACUCCUAUUUUAAAUAAAUCAAAUGCAUACCUGUAAACAAAAAAAUGAAAUCUAUAUGAAAAAAAAAAAAUGGAAAAAUAAUCAAGAAAAUGAAGAAAAAAAAUUAUUUUGUCUGAUUAGGUUUUUUUUCUCCGCGAUUUUCUUUUCUUUUUUUUACUUUUAAUUUAGCUAGUCGUUCUUUUACAGUUUGACAAUUGUGAUUUUGCAAACGAAAUUAAACAUAUAUUCAAAGUUAUACCAAAAUGUUGGGCGAAUACAAAAAUCACAGGAAAAAAAAACAAAAAAAAGAUUUAUGGGACAAACAAAUGAAUAAAAAAGAAAAAAAAAAGAUUUUUAAAAACAUAUAAGUGAAUUAGCUAACCACUCAGUUGCCUGUCCUCUGCUUCCCCCUUUUCAGGAAUUAUGUCUGCUUUGUUUGCAUCGAUUCAUAAAAAAGUAAAAUUGUUGAAGUGAUUUUUCUUAUAUAUAUUUUUCUCUUCAGCUGGCUUUUCAUUUUGAGAUGAUGUUGAAUUCUUCCUUUUAUCAAUAUCGGUGUGUUUCCUUGUGCUAGCAGCUGAGUGGUCAGUUGAUUCUCUCACACACGCAAACACAUACACAAAAAAAAAACUAUAUAAAAAGUUGUAUAGAUGUAGACAACCCUUUUCUCAGAACUGUACAUAUGAAUAAAAAGACCUGAAUGAAAUAGA